CCUCCCUGUCUCUCUCUUUCUCUCCCUCGCGCUCACACAUUCGCGCCGUCAGGCAACAUUUAGACAAUAAAAGGAAAGAAAAACCGUUUGCGCUUCCACUCGUACACGUCGCUCACCAACAGGCUACGUCAUUUACUAGGACAGAAAAGUGCACGAAUUUAAGUAAAAUCGAACAAAUCUGAGGUUUUAUUUUUACUGUUCGCUGCCGUUUUCUCUUUAGUGCCCGCACCCAAACCAACUCCGACCAUGUCCGGCGAAGACGCACCUGCCCAGCAGCAGAACGCCGACGAGCAAAAGCAACAGCAAGACGCAAAGAAACCCGCAGCCGAAGAACCGCAGACCGAGAACAAGCCAGACCCGCCACCGGCCAGCGCUGCCACCGAAGCCGCCGCCUCCCCAGCGGCAGCGGAGAAAGCCCCAGAGGAAGACACGUACAGCUACCGGGCCCUGGUGCUGACCGGCUACGGCGGCUAUGACAAGGUGAAGCUGCAGGUGAAGAAAGGAAAGCCAGCCCUUAAGGCCGGCGAGGUGAUGGUGCGCGUGAAGAUGUGCGGGCUGAACUUCGCCGAUUUGAUGGCCCGCCAGGGGCUUUACGACGCGAUGCCGUCGCCCCCGGUGACCCCCGGGAUGGAGUGUUCUGGAAUAAUCGAAGCGGUGGGAGAAGAAGUAACGGAUAGAAAAGCUGGCGAUAAGGUUCUGGUCCUGAACCGGUGCGGGUUGUGGCAGGAGGUUGCCGUGGUAGCAGCCGAUCACACGUUUCUGAUGCCGGAGGGGAUGAGCUUUGAGGAGGCUGCAGCCCUGCCUGUCAACUACAUCACUGCCUACAUGAUGCUCUUUGACUUCGGCCACCUGCGACCCAACCAGAGUGUCCUCAUUCACAUGGCCGCAGGAGGAGUUGGCAUUGCUGCCACCCAGCUGUGUAAGACAGUAAAAGACGUGACGGUGUUUGGGACUGCGUCGGCCAGUAAGCAUGAGACCAUCACGGCGGGCGGAGUCACCCACGCCAUCGACUACAGGACAAAGGAUUACGUCGAGGAGGUCCGCAAGACCAGUCCUAAAGGUUUGGACAUUGUUCUGGAUCCUCUUGGUGGAGCUGACACACACAAGGGCUAUAACCUAUUAAAACCAAUGGGAAAACUCAUCAGCUACGGUGCUGCCAACAUGCUAGCGGGUCAGAAGAAGAACCUGUUUGCCGUGGCCAGGAACUGGUACCAGCAAUUCUCCGUCCACACCAUGAGCCUGGUCCAAGGGAACCGCUCGGUCUGCGGGUUCCACCUGGGUCACCUGGGCUCAGAGAUAGAACUGAUCACCGAGGCGAUGAACAGCAUCCUGGACCUGUACCGCCAGGGCAAGGUUAAACCCCGCAUAGACUCCACUUAUCACCUCGAACAGGUGGGGGAUGCCAUGCGCAGGAUGCAGGAGAGAAACAACAUUGGCAAAGUCAUCCUGACCACCGAACCCAUGAAAGAGGAGGAAAAGAAAGAGGAGACCAAGAAGGAUGACAAGAAAAAAGAAGACAAGAAGAAGGAGGACAAGAAGAAAGAGGAGGCCAAGAAAGAGGAUAAAAAGGAGGAGAAGAAAAAGGAGGAGGCCAAGAAAGAGGAGAAGAAAGCAGAAGAAAAGAAAGAGGAGGUCAAGAAAGAGGAGGUCAAGAAAGAGGAGGUCAAGAAAGAGGAGGCCAAGAAAGAGGAGGUCAAGAAAGAAGAGAAUUGAGAAACAAGGCUGGCUAAUUAGGCUGAACAGAGGGAAGGGGUUUAAAUUGUGGUCAUUUUAGGGGGUAGAGCUCUGUGUGUGUGUGUGUGUG